AAUUACAAAAUGAUACGUAAAAAAACGAAAAUAAUACCCCCAGAUGGGGGUUGGGGUAAUCUGGUGGUACUUGGUGUAACUUUGGCUAUUGGUACAGGAAUCGCUCCGUUACAAGUAUUAUUUUCAAUCAUUUUUGGUAAUUUUCUAAGUGAAAUUGGAGAUGGUCCCAGUUCUGUGGCAACUGUUACCAGUGUUUUUGCUAUGUGUUUCACAUUUACAGGAGUCUUGGCAAAUCCAUUAAUCCAAAGAUUUCCAUUAAGGACCAUAAGUUUGUUUGGUACAAUGCUGUUUAUGUCUGGUGCAGUAUUGAAUAUUUUUGUGACAAAAACCUGGCAUUUAAUUGUUACAUUUGGAAUUUUAUCUGGUAUGGGAAUUGGAAUAGUUUUACCAUGUGUGCUAACAAGUUUCAACAGUUAUUUUAAUAAACGUCGUGCAUUCAUGAAUAGUUUAGCACAUUUAGGAUUAUGUCCACUUUAUAUUGCACUACCAGUAUGUUUUCAAUAUUCCUUGGAAAAUUAUGGAUUUCGUGGUACAGUUGCCAUAUUAUGUGCAUUCGAAGCAAAUAUGUUUAUAGCAGCUAUUGUCUUGUCACCAGUGGAAAAACAUGCUCAGAAAGAAUACGAAUUAGUUACAGUGGCGGUUAAUGGGAAAAAUAUUGAAAAGGAAACAAAAACAAAUGAUGGAGAUCUGGAAAAAACGGAAAAUGAAACACAAUUAAGUGUUGAAAAUACAGAAAAUGAAACAAAAGUGCAUGAUGAAAAUCUGGAAAAUGAACCAAAAGUAAAUGAUGAAAACACAGGAAUUGAAAUAAAAGUUUUCGAUGAAAGUUCCAAAUUAACUGAAGACACAAAUAAUUCUAUAAUAAAUCCAAGAGAAAAUGAAAUUGCUCCCAAUAAUGACCAAUCUGGAAUAUGGCAGCAAAUAAUCCACAUGUUUGAUUUAACGUUACUUCAUGAAUGGAAAUUUAUAAAUUUGGUAAUUGGUAUGGCCAUGUUUUUCUAUCUAGAUUUAAACUUUCUAACAUUAUCACCAAUGUUUCUAAUUCGACGUGGAUUCGAUCCAAAACAAGUGGCUUGGUGUGUGACGUCAGCUGGUAUUGGUGACUUUGUUGGCCGUUUUGUUUUGACCGCAUUUAGUAAAUAUAUCCGAUUCAAAUAUUGGUAUAUUUAUUUUGCUGGCAGUUUAAUUACGUUUAUUUGUCGAAAUGUGUUUCUGAUUGAAAUGUCCCAAAAAUUAAUGUUAGGUUUAUUUUUCGUAACUGGAUUUGGUCGAAGCUUAAUCCUUACACCAAUUCCAAUUUUAUUCACUGAACGUUACAGUAUUGAACGAUUUCCAGCUGCCUGGGGAUUAUAUUCAGUUACGUGUGGUUUUACAAAUAUUUUUUUGGGAGCUUUUAUUGGUUCCAUAGCAGAUUAUUUUAAGAAUGAUACAUAUACAAUGCAUACAUUUACAAUUAUUUCAAGUGUUUUAAUCACAACAUGGUUUAUUCAAGCAUAUCUCGAAAACCGUCCAAAGAAACAAUAAAAUGAAUGUUUUUGGAUUUUUUAUACAAAUUAUUUAAAAUGUCCCGGAUUGGUCAACUUCUCUGAACAGAGACCAUGAGAUCAAAAAGUGUGUUCGUUAAUUGUGGAACAUCCCUUAGAAAAUAUGUUAAAAAUUUUUGGCUGAUUUGUAUGCCGUUUAGUGAUUCUAAAAAGUCGAAUAUUAUUUUUUAAAUUGUAUUAUUUUCUGAAUUAAUAAAUCUAUGGUUUUAAUUUUUUUUAUUUCUUGUUUAAAAUAUAGAAACAUGGGCAACACCAAGGGGGGCCAGGUUGGGGCAGCUUCCCUUUUCUCCAUAAAAUAACUUGCACCCCUAUUUGCCAUCGGCUGGCAACACCCUUGCAAGAAGACUAGAAAAAUUUAAGUAACCCAUAAGAGUUAAAAGAAAGUGAGAUACAAUCAGCGCCUCCAAAUUCAGAUUAACGAAUUAACAAGUGCCAGACGUAUAUGGACUCAUCUCGAGAUCCAUAGUUAACUCUCUUUCUUUUCUAGUCUUCUUGAAGUAACCAAAUGUGUCGUUCCUCUCAAAAAUCUGAUUAGAUAAAUGUUAAAUUUGAGAAGGAACGAUUUCCAUAUAAGUGACGAUAAGGUUGCCACUCACAUGAACAGCUUGUUUU